GUAAAAGCUCGUUACCACGCUGGUAGUAGGGCAGCCCCCUUCCUCUAGCACUGCCCUGUUGGGCUGUGGGCUUGAAACAUUCCUGCUUCCACCAUCAGACUGCGCCUCGCUGCCACGAUUUGUUCAGCAAUUCGAUACUCGCCUCGAGGAUGCGUGUGUGUGUGAGAGAGUGAGUGAGUGUGUGCGCUCGGGGGAAAAAGACGGUUGUACUGCGAUAGUGAACGAGUAGAGAAAGAAAGAGGGAGUUUAGUCCGUAGCGUAGUACUCACUUGGCAGCUUCGCCCGGUGUCCACGGCUCGAGCUUCGUUGGUCUCCGUGACUUUGUAUCCUACUUCAGGCGCUGCACUCGCGGGUCUCGUGAGCUACCUACAGCCAGACAGAGACAGACAGAGAGAAGCUAAACCACUAUAUCCCGUGUUUUCCUCUUCUCCCUACUGCCCUGCACUCUGAGCCCGUGUCUAAUGGAGGGCCCAGUGCGGAUUUGCUGCCAGAAGAAUGCUUUUUGCUGCUAGCUUUCUCCGCCUGAGCUCCGCGUUUUCCCUCCGUCGGAAGAACACAGUUGACUGAUGGUUCUGAAUUCGAAUUCAUAUGAGUUGAAGGGGCCAUCCAAAGCCUCCGAAUCGAUCGCCAGUGAGACACUUCAUUUGGGUGGAUUAUUCAAAACUAAUGGUUCAGCUCUAGUGAUCCCACCUAGACGUCACCUCUUUAAUUUGUCGCAGCUGAGUGGCCUGGUGUCAGGCUGGUGUGGGGCCAGCCCUGGAGCUCCAUGGCAUCCACAGUGUGAAUGUCGCAGCUGGAAGGCUAUUGUCCCUCGCCCCCUACCCAAGCCACGGUUACAGACCAGGAGCUGGUGAUCAAAGGGCCUGCGGAUUACCCCAGCCCUGAGAGAGAGGGGUUGUGCCGGAGGGGAGGAGAGGGGUGUGGUGUGUGUGUGGAGGGGGUGUGCGUGAGACCCCUGAUUAGUGGCUGGAGGUGAAGCUGCAUCAUGGACAACGGAGGCCUGAGAGGCCUGAAGGUUCUGUCCACUGUGCUGUGUAUCUGUCAUACCUUGCUCUUCAGCUGCCCUUUUGUAUUAUCUCUCUCAUUCCGAACGCAGCCUGUCUCUGUGGUUCAGAAGCAGGGUGGAGCUGUUUUAUUGCGCUGUGUGGCGCGUCCUGCUUCGGCCAGCCUCACCUGGCUUUUCCAGGGUCAGCCCCUGCAGACUGGGGCCUUGCCAGGAGUGGAGGUUCAUCCAGGAUCCCUCUCACUGUCCUCUCUCCAGCCCCAACACACAGGCUUAUACCAGUGCGUGGCCCACUUAGACACAAAUGCCAUCGCUAGUCGGCAGGCACGAGUGGCCAUUGCAAACAUUGAGGAGUUUGGGGCCACCCACCGGCGGGCACUGACAGUAAAAGAAGGGGACACUGCUGUUAUUCAGUGUCCCCUACCACCAAGUAACCCUCCAGCUUUACCACGUUACAGAAUACGGGGCAAAUGGCUAGAGGAGUCUACCGGUCCAUAUUUAAUCCUUCCCUCUGGGAACCUUCAGAUAGUCUCUGUUUCCCCAGAACAUCAGGGCAUGUAUAAGUGUGGUGCAUAUAAUCCUGUUACCCGAGAGACCCGAGUAGAGGCCCACGGCACUAAGCUAAUUGUGAAAGACUCAGACGGUUCCUCCCCUGUGGGGAUAGUAUAUCCAGUCAGCCCUGUUAGCCUGACAGUGGAACAGUCCAUGUCUCUGGUUUUGGAAUGUGUAGUAUCAGGAAGUCCCUCUCCUGUUGCUAAAUGGACAAAGGAUGGCCAUGAGCUACUGGCUUCCAGAUUAAGACUACAGAACAGUAACCUGGUGCUGAGUGAUGUUCAGCUAAGUGAUGGUGGAAACUACACUUGCUCUGUUCAAACUGAGGAUGGGGAUGUGGUCAGUGCCACCUAUAAUGUGAAUGUGCUUGUGGCAGCCAGCAUAAUGAGAGCUCUGUCUGACCAGACUGUGUCUUCCGGCUCAUCUGUACAAUUCAUCUGUGCUGUCUGGGGAAACCCUGCCCCUAAAAUCACCUGGCUAUUCAACUCUUCCCCAAUUUUAACAUCAUCUCACGUCCAGAUAUCAAACUUCUCAUUGCAUAUUUCCUCAGUCACUGCUCAGGAUAAGGGCAUGUACCAAUGCCUGCUAGACAACGGGAUUGGUUCUGCACAGUCCGCUGCCAGACUUAGUGUCCAAUCAGGUGAAACGUCCCUGCCUGUAAUCCUUUCCCCUCCGGAGAGUGGUGUGUAUGCAGAGGGAGAGCCAGUCACUCUGUCCUGUAAUGCCAGUGGUCAGCCUCUCCCUGUGAUCCGCUGGUACAACUCAGCAGGUCCCAUUGCCACUCACCCCGCUCUUUUGCUCCAGGCCCCAGGGGGUGAAGCAAUGCCCCCCGAAGAUGUGCUGUCCCAUCUCACCAUGUCCCACCCCGGCAGCAGCAGUCUCUACAUUCAGACUGUGACCACAGUCCAUGCUGGAAAAUACAUCUGUGUGGCCUCUAAUGAGCUGGGCUCCGUGCAGGCUGAGGCAUUUCUGACUGUGGAACCUCAGUCCAGUUCCAUGGUCAUUCCUGUGGAGACUCAACCUACUGUUCAUCCAAUCCAGAAUGAUGAGGGGGAAGAGAUGUUUCUGCCUCUGGGAGGAGGUGAUGCAGUUGGUCCACCUACCGAGCAAAGCAGUGACAAACUCACACCUGAGGCACCAAUCAUCAUCAGCCCACCCCAAACGCACAAACCCAACACAUAUGAUUUGGAGUGGCGGGCAGGGCGAGACUGGGGCAGUCCAGUCAAUGCUUACUUUGUCAGAUACCGCAAGGUGGAAGACAUGGGGAACGUGGUGGGCAGUUGGCACACAGUGCGUGUUCCAGGCAGUGAGAAGAGCCUGCCUUUGUCAGACCUGGAGCCGUCCAGCCUGUAUGAGGUGCUCAUGGUGGCUCGCAGUGCAGCUGGAGAGGGACAGCCUGCCAUGCUUACCUUCCGUACCGGCAAGGAGAGGAGCUCCUCCUCCAGUAAAAACCCCUCCAAGGCCCCGUUUGUGUCUCAGCCUGAGAAAGCUCCGGAAGACAAAGCUGUCAACACACACUAUGGAGUCGUCAUACAUGACAGAGUUCCAGAGGCUCCAGAUCGUCCUACCAUCUCAGUGGCGACAGAAAGUUCUGUAUAUGUUGCAUGGAUCCCAAGAGCCAAUGGCGGCUCUCCAAUCACAGCCUUCCGUGUGGAGUACCGAAAGCAGGGCCGCAGUGGAGACUGGAUCAUCGCAGAUGACAACAUAUCACCUCUCAAGCUGUCUGUGGAAGUGCGCAACCUAGAACCAGGUUCCACAUACCGCUUCCGUGUCAUUGCCAUGAACAAUUAUGGUGAGAGUCCUCACAGCGCCAUCUCUAGGCCAUACCAGGUAGCGAUGGUCAGUCCCCCCAUGUCAAACCGUCCAGUAGCUCCAGUGAGUGGCCCUCACAUCUCAUCUAUAGAUGCUGUCAGUGACACGCAGAUCAUGGUGCGAUGGACCUACACUCCCUCCAGUAACAACAACACCCCCAUCCAGGGUUUUUACAUCUACUACCGGCCCACAGACAGUGACAAUGACAGCGACUAUAAGAGAGACAUGGUAGAAGGCAUCAAGCGCUGGCACAUGAUUGGUCAGCUCCAGCCUGAGACAUCCUAUGACAUCAAGAUGCAGUGCUUCAACGAUGCGGGAGAGAGCGAAUACAGUAAUGUGAUGAUCUGCGAAACCAAAGCCCGCCAGCCUCCAGGUGUUCCGAGCCAGCGGCCAAUCACCCCACCGGGUGUGUACCCGCCCGACCCUCCCAGCUCAGCAGGUGGCCUGCUGUAUCUUAUUGUUGGAUGUGUACUGGGCGUCAUGGUGCUCAUCCUGCUCGUCUUCAUCAUCAUGUGUCUGUGGAGGAACCGUCAACAGCACAACAUGCACAAGUAUGACCCUCCUGGCUACUUGUACCAGCCUGCUGAAAUGAAUGGCCAUGUUCUGGAGUAUACAACCCUGCCAGGCUCCAGCCGGGUCAACGGAAGCAUUCAUGCUGGCUAUGGCCAUGGAGGGCCUGUCAUGCCCCAGGGUUGCCAUCACCUCCACCACAAACUUCCCAAUGGCCUUACAUUGCUCAAUGGCUCUGGACCCCUCUACCCUUCGGGGCAUUCGCACAGCCAUGACACCCCACUGCAGCACAGCACCAUGGACUAUGAGCACCCACACCCACACACCCACAUCCACAAUGGGGGAGGAAUGUACACAGCUCUGCCCCAGACGGACUCUUCUGACUGCAUGAACUGCCAGAACUUCUGUAACAACAACAGGUGUUACACGAAAGCCAAUGGCAACUUCUCCGGCGGCACUCUUCCCCUAAUGCACCGUGUGGCACAGUGCCAACUCGAUGGCCUUGAGAUGGUGCCCCUGAACCAUAGUUCUCUCCGCUGCAGUGGCAAUGACAGCCCGCAGUUCCACGGGAACAGUGAGCAGGAGGCUGCCGUGGAAACGGAGGACACAGCCUUGACCCCUACCCACAAUCCUUGCCGUGUGCCAGUAGACGCAGAGUCAGGCGCUGAGCAAAGGAGAGAGCCAGAGGAGCCGCUGCAGUGUGUGGACUCAGAUGGGCCGGUAGUGUGCUGGGAGAGGCUGGGUCUGCCUGAUUUAGACUGUAAAGAUAAAACAGCCUGGAUCUCCUCUGCAAGUCUGACUGGAGAUCUUAUCCAGCCCACAGUGCAGGAGAUCUGAACCCAUACAUAAACACAAACAUGCCACAUAAACUAACACACAGUUUUACAUAUACACUCCCCAAACAUUCAUACACACAUGGACUGGGAAAGAAGCAUGCAACUGAAGAGGCAGGAAACCGCAUACAAGACAAAGAGAUGACCAGUGAUGGCAUGAUCAGAGACCAUGUGUAAACUGAAGGACACUAUACUGACUGACCAGGCUGUAUGUGGAUUAGUAAGGAAAAGUGAGGGAUAUAGAAAAAGAAACAAUGAAAAAAAGCAUGUAAAAAGACACAGAAGGAUAGAUUUUCAAAGAGAUGAAUCUAUUACAUCUGUGGGAAGGACCCUUGAAAAAAAAUGAAAGAAACUCUUUAGAUGACUUAUUUAUUUUUUUUGUAGUAGUAAAAUAUUAUUUCAUAUGAAUGUACCUGUUUUAAGAAAAAAGUUCAUCUUUUAUAUUAUUUAUGCUUUUUGGAUGAGAUACUUUCUAUUUUUUUGUCAUUUUAUUUGUCAUUUUAUUUUUGUCUCCUGUGUUCCAACUUGUGGAGUUUAGCCAUUGUAUGUGGAAAGUUCUGCAAUAAUAUAAAGAGAAGAUAUGGAAGAGACAGUACUUUUUUUGGUGCUUUUUUCAUGUUUCGUAGAGGGGGACAAAAUGGGGGUGGCACUAUUGCAAGAACACCACAGUACUAAAAGGAAUUUUGAUGAUAUAAAAUAUUUGUCAUAUAUGUCAUAUGAUUAAUUAUGCUAUCUGUAAUGAAACCUGCAGUUGAUCAGUGUUUAAGUACUGACGAUGCUGACAGCAUGCUCAGAAAAAUAUUUUGGGAAGGAAUGUGACAUUCACGAUAACAACAAAUACUGUUAAAAUGUCCACCCCUAGAGACAAAACUUUCCUCCACUUUGUGGGUAAAGUAUCCUUACGCAAGUACACGUACUGUUAUUUCUGUAAAAUAAUGUAGUAAGUAAAAGUAUUAUUCAUUAAAUCAGAACUGCAGUGGAA